AUGGAUUCAAUUCGAGGCAAAGCCAUUGCUGUCACUGGCGCUGGAAGCGGCAUCGGGCGUUCAACCGCGAUACAGUUGCACAAGCAGGGCGCCAGACUCUCGUUGGCAGAUCUGGACCCAGUCAGCCUCGCCAACACUGUCAAGAUUCUCGAAAAUGAAGGGACAACCAAUGAUGUCUUGUCGCUGGUGGUAGACGUAUGCGAUGACAUUCAAGUCGGCGACUGGAUUGUCAAAACAGUGCAGAGAUUCGGUCGAUUAGACGGUGCGGCCAAUAUCGCUGGUGUUUUUAAGCCAAUAUCUAUAUUCGACUCCACGGUUCAUGAUUGGGACAUCAUGAUGAACGUGAACGCAAAGGAAGUGUUCAAUUGUUUACAAGCACAGAUAGCUGGUAUAGACGCCACGGGAGGAAGCAUUGUAAGAUAUCCUGCAUUUGUCGUUAGAGCGUGA